GUAAAGCUUUAAGACACAUUCAAAAAACUAUAACAUACACUUCAGGUAAAAAAGGUAAAAUAACAUAUACUAAUUUAUUGGCUCAAAAUUAUAUUAUGCAUCAAGACUUGGUUUAUCAACUUUUGCCACAGGUUGAUUUGAAACCCAACUGCUUCUGUACCAUUUCGCUAAGCAGCACAAAAAAGGAUGUGUUCAACCUCAUACUGAGUCUCUUACGAGAACUAAUCCCUAGUGGUGGUAAAUCCUCACUGUCGUUGAGACACUGUAUAACAAUUCUUCAUAUCGCCAAUCUUCCUCUCCAUAUUAACGACCAUGCACUGUAUAAUAGGUUCAAAUCGUUCGGCGAUAUCACCUCGGUAACUAUUUUGCGUGAUUGGAUCAGCGGCAACCCCCUUGGUACCGCUUUUGUUAAGUUCGAAAACCACGUGUCCGCCCAUAAUGCGUUGAAAUACUUCAGGCAUAAGGUGUUGGGAUACAGUCCACUGUUAGUGAAGUGGGCCAAUCAAGGACAUCUCAACGCCAUCGUCAGAAACGUCUGCCGCACCAUGGACAAGCUGUUCAUGCGGAAUAUCCCUCUGAAAUUUUCCCUUGAGAUGUUGAAGUUAUUUCUGUUAAGCUUCGGCACGGUCACGCCGCUCAACUUAAACUCCAGCACUGUCGCCGUGAGUAUGGCUUUCUAUUCCUGGACACUCAUCCCUGCGAGCAAUCCCAAAAAGGGGUGGAAUAUCGCCUUUGUAACCUUUAAAAAGGAGGAUGUUGUUUCGAAGGCCCUGGUGGCCGUCUACAUGACCAACCCUUUUCCUUUUUGUAAUAGGAUACGCCUCUUGGUGAAGAUCACUAAAGGUAAACAUAAAUGUUGCGUCUGUCGUUGGAUUAAAUUAGAUGCCCUUAAAAUCGUUUCGCUGGGCUGUUGCUCAGAACUUUAUUCAAACAAAUGUGAUUGCUGCGAUGCCAAGAAACACUCUAACCUCAACGACAUCAACCAAGACAACCUUUCCCACCAUUCUAACUGCUCGACAGUCUCUAUUAAUCUCUGUAGUCUGAGAGAAAAAAUGAAAGUGGACAAGUGCCCCUUGAUACAGGUCGUUUCCACAAAAGGUUCAUCACUAAUUUCUGAAAAUGCAUCAGAUAAUGUCUCGGUAAAAUCGUAUCACAGUGGUUCAUUUUCUCAGGCAGGCGGUCCUCAUAUGCCAUCGACCUUGCAGGGAACAAUUGCAGGGUGUGGUGAAAAUCCCUCCCAACCUUUCUCUCACUUUCAGAAGGUAGCUUUUGACAACAUUGAGAUCGCUGAGAAGAUCAACCAACCCCCCCACACUCGUGGUGUAAACCCUAAAGAAGUCAACUGUGAUGAAGAUGAGGGUGCGUCUUUGCUGAUGCGAACCACACGAAACAAAACUGCGUAUUCCUCUCGAAACAGGUAUUUCAACAUGUAUUGGGAUAAUAACCUGACCAAUUACAGGUCUAUGGGUGGCGGUGUGGCGCCACAGAAUCAACCAUAUGUAAUCACGGAAGCGGACCGUUACUUUAUCAGAUCAUAUAUUGGUAUGAACAUUUCUAAGAAAACGCUGCUCAAUUCAACUGUGCAAUCCUGUCGAGCCCAUAAACAGGGUGUUUGGCCCAUCCCCAGGAUUCUCUCGAGGCCCCAAUUCAGCGGCCCAGAGGGGAAACCUAACUUAACACCGUAUGGCUUCGAUAAAACCCCGAAUACACGCCGCAUGACCACCCAUUUCCCACGAAGGGUAUCCCCCCCUUCUGCCCCGAUGGACGUGCAACCUCUCUUACCAACAAAGACUUUGAAUUCGGUUAAUGCGAACGGCCUCAACGGUGUGCGCAAUGCGGCAAUUCCCCAGUACGAUGAGUUAUCCAUCCCAUUCACAACUCGAAUUCCCUGGCCGUGGAAACUACCACCCGGCGGGAAUCCUUUUCCAGUGAUAUACCCAAUGAUUCGUCCUGUAGUAGGGUCAUACGGCGUACCGUCCCAGUUAAGGACCUAG